AUGUUUGUUUGUUCUUCAAGUGUAUCAGAGAGCAUCGAAAAGUAUCGAAGAAUAAUCACAGACUUGGAUGAGAUAAAGCUCAUACCAAGGGCAGGCAUAACCUGCUGCUUCUUAAAUGGAAGAGGAUUUAAGAGCGUCCAUGAAGUGGGCGUAUCGCUACUUUACAUUUAUAUUCUGCUAACUACACAGUCAGUCCCGCUCAAAAACACAGCAAUCACUAUCAUUAUAUCCUUUCUAUUUACAAUAUGCAUGCAUCUAGCUCUGCAGACUAGAAAGAGCAAAGUUUCUACGCUGCUGUGCUCUUUCUUUUGUAUUUUAGAUCUGUUUACUACUAUAGAUAUCGCGCGCAGCCAGUACUCGUCGUAUGUAUUUGGGGUAGGAAUAUUCAGUCUUGGGAUACUUCUAGUGCUGUACAUUGAUGGAAGGAAAAGACCUGGUGUGAAGCAGUGCAUGAUGAAGGAUAUUGCUGGUCUGGGGUACUUCCUUGUGCAGUACUACAAUGGGAAGCUAGGAACCUAUUACCCAUACAUUAUAUCAGGAAUCCUUUCUGUUUGGACCAUUAUCGAUUUGGUUAGGAAGGAGAAAACACCUCUGCUCCCUGGAGUCAUUGAGGAUGACCAGAGCACAGACUCUGAGGAGAUAGGGCGGAAAAAAAGACCCCGAAGAAAGGCAUCCUUGCGCGUAUUUGAAAAGGAGGAAGAGGUGCCUAUAAAGAAGGCAGCAUCAAAACCACAGAGCGACAAAAAAACAAAGGCAGAACCUUCAAAUAUCAAGGCAAAGUCAGAACCUUCAAAUAUCAAGGUAAAGUCAGAACCUUCAAAUAUCAAGGCAAAAGCUGAUGUCCCAGCCGCUAAAGUAGAUACAGCUGUAUCCAAGAAAAAGAGGCCUGUUCGAGCUGCUGCAAGAGAGGCCAGAAGUAAAUAG